AUGGACGAACCUUUGGUCUCCGGCGGCAUCAUGCUGCUUAUCUGCUUCGGCGUGACAGUUAUCAUGCAGUGCAGCUUCUUUGCCGUGGCUUACACGUGUCAAUUCGACAAAGUGACGGACCUAGCGGGCGCCCUCAAUUUCAUUGUGCUGGCGGUGCUGUCGCUCGUGCUACAGGACGUGUACGACACCCGCGCCAUCGUAGUUACCUGCCUCCAGGUGGCUUGGGCACUGCGUUUAGGCUCCUUCCUGCUGAUCCGCGUGCUCAAACGUGGCAAGGACGAGCGCUUCGACGAGAUGCGCGCCAACUGUCUGGCGUUCUUCGGGUUCUGGAUCUUCCAGAUCCUAUGGGUCUUUUUGGUCUCAAUUCCGGUGAUUCUGGCCAAUUCGUGCGGUGACCAGAUCGACGGCAACUUCGGCGAAGCACGAGACAUUGUCGGCAUUGUUAUCUGGGCGAUCGGAAUAUUGGUAGAGUACGCUGCUGAUGCUUCCAAGUCGGCCUUUAACGACGACCCCAACAACAAGGGCAAGCUGCUACGAUCGAGCGUGUGGAAAUACUCACGCCACCCGAACUACUUUGGCGAGAUACUCUGCUGGGUGGGAGUAACCAUCGUUGCCAGCGCUAACUUCGGCAGCAACGGGGGCGAGACGUGGUUCUACUACGUUAGCUGCAUCAGUCCCGUGUUCACAUUUCUGGUGCUCAUGUUCCUGUCGGGCGUGCCGCUUGCCGAGGAUCGCUACGACGAGCGCUUUGGGCUGGAUCCAGACUACAUCGAGUACAAGCGCUCGACGAGUCCAUUGAUCAUGUUGCCACCGGCGAUCUACCGCUCGAUCCCGGACCCGAUCAAGCGCUGCUGUUUCUUCGAGCUGGAGCGCUAUUCGCGUAAGCUCCGAGAGCUACGCGACACCGAACACAAGGUGCCACCCACCAAUUACCAGGCCAUUCCGGCGGAAUCUCCGUAA